GUGAGAUGCUCGUGGCGAUGUCGGGACUGCGUGGGUCCGAUCCUGGGGGCUGCUUGUGUUCCCCCCACCACGUGCGUGCCCGGCCAUGUGCGCACCCGCAUGGAAAUUCCCCUCGCGGGGGCUGCUCGGGCCGCCUGCUGCGUCACGGGGAUGCGGUUUUGCUUGGUCCCGGACACCCUCAGCCCUACCCGGAAGCCGACGGGGCCGGGAGGGCUCCAGCUCCCUUCAAUGGGACAGGAGGGACGCCUAGCGCCCUGCAGCCCAGCCACACAGCAGCUCCUAGAGAAGCCCCAUCUCCUUCCUAGGGAGCCCAGUGGCACACAGUGACAGUGCCAAGCAGUUAGCGUUUCUCUUUGCCACAGCCCUCCUGUGCUUUCCCUACUCAUAUCCCCAGCCCACAGCCUCUGCUGGGGCAGCUAUAUAUAGUGUAGCCCUGCUGACCUCGGGGCUGAGCCAUCUCCAUCUGCAUGGUUAAUCUUUAGCCAGCUGCCUGUCCCCCUGGUCAGCUGUAAUGAGGCCUCAUUAGCAGCCAUUACACUGGCCACAGGGCCAAGGGUGCCCUGGUGACAAGGUGUGGGUGGUGGUGAGCGCUGGGGCUCCGUGGUGCUGUAUGCUCUUGAGAGACGAUGGUGGAAUGUGCUGGGUUUCCUACCAAUGUCCCAGUCCACCCAUGGCCUGCGACUGGGUUCCCAGAGAGGUGCCAGGGUCUUCAAGAGGUGUGUCAGCAUGCCUGGCAUGGUGUCAGGGUCCCUGGGAGUAUGUCAUUGUGUGCCAUUGUCCCCAAGGUGCGUACCAGAGUGCCUGGUCACAGGCAUGUGUGUGUGUGCCAGGUCCCCGGGUGUGUCAUUGUCCUCAGGUGCUGUGCUCAUGGCCCAUAGCACCAGUGCCAACAGCCCCAGGGCUGUGCUUCCAUGCUGUGGGUUGUGUAGCAUUCUUAUGCCAGGCCCCCAGGGGACGUGCUCAGGGAGGUGCUCAGGGAGGUUGCAGGUCCCCAGGGCUGAGUGCUGCAGGGUGAUAAGGAGGUGGUGCUGGGGGCGGACAAAAGUUCUCUGCCUAUCGGGUGCCAGCAGCCCUGGCUCCCCCCCAGUGAUCCCAGCAGAAGUGCACAGUUCAGCCGUGUGCCUCGGGCACCCCACACAGGGAUCCAGACCAGAGUCCAAACUCUGCUGCUGCAGCGGCACCAGGGUACAGGAUCAGCAGAGCCCCGUGCCCAGCAGCAUGGCAGGGGGCGCGGGGCGGGCCAAGAAGCUGGGCACACUGCUCUCGGGGCUGCUGGAGUGCGGUGCUUUCUGUGGCAUCAUCUUCGGCUGGGCCUCUCUCGUCUAUGUCCUCAAGAACCUGGGCUACUUUCAGCAGUGGUGCGAGUCCUCGGCCAACAUCAACCCCAAUGGGACGCUGUAUCCUGACUGCAGCGGGCAGGAUGAGCAGUUCUCCCUGGUCUUCACCAUUGGCUCCUUCAUGAACAACUUCAUGACCCUCCCCAUGGGCUACGUCUUCGACCGCUUUGGCACUGCUGUUGCCCGCCUCAUCGCCAUCUCCCUCUACACUGGUGGGACCCUGCUUGUUGCCUUCUCCACACCAGACCUAGCAGUGCUGCUCUUCCCGGCUAUGUCAAUGCUGUCGGUGGGCGGCAUUCUCCUCAUCCUCACCAACAUGCAGGUGGGGAACCUCUUUGGGAAGUACCGCUCCAUCAUCAUCACUCUCUACAACGGGGCCUUUGACUCCUCAUCUGCCAUCUUCCUCAUUAUCAAGGUGCUGCAUGAGCAUGGACUGUCUCUGCGGGCCAUGUUUCUCUUCAUGGCAGCCUGCAGCGCCUGGCACCUGCUGCGCACCAUCUUCCUCAUGCCCCGCAUGCACAUCCCCUACCCACUGCCACCUGCCUACAACUAUGGGCUGUCAUGCCCAGGGCGCUCCCAGUCAUACCGCACCUACGAGGAGAAGCGCCCACCGGAAGAUGAUGGGCCAGAGGAAGUGCCCCUGGAGCCCAGUGCCCCAAAAGGCAACGCAGCUGUGGAACCCUUCUGGCCCUGCGUUCUCUCAUGGCUCUUCAUGUGGCAUGUGGUGUGGCUCUCGGUCAUGCAGCUGCGCCACUACCUCUUCAUUGGUACACUCAACCCACUGCUUGACCACCUGGCCUUUGGCAAUGAACACCUGGUGAGCAUCUACACCAACGCCUUCGCCUUCACCCAGCUCUGUGGGGUUCUCUGCGCUCCCUGGAAUGGCCUCAUCCUUGACUGCCACAAGCGGAACAAGGCCCACCGUGCUGAGGGAGCUCGGGGGGCACUGGCUGACCUACGGGCAACCGUGCCGUCACUGGUGUUGACGGCGACGCAGUGCGUGCUCUUCUCGAUCUGUGCGGCCGUGCCUAUGCUGCCUGUGCAGUUUGGCACAUUCGUGCUCCAGGUGAUCAGCCGCUCCUUCCUCUACGGGGGCAACGCCGCCUUCCUGGCCAUCGCGUUUCCCCAGCAGCACUUUGGGAAGCUCUACGGGCUGGCCAUGGCUCUGUCGGCACUGGUGGCCCUGCUGCAGUAUCCCUGCAUUGCCCUGGUGCGUGGAGCACUCCAGGGGGACCCUUUCUAUAUGAAUGUGGGGCUCAUCGCUGUGGUGCUGCUGGCCUACAUCAGCCCUGUGGUGGUGGUCCGCGAAUGCCGGAGGCGUGCCAAGGAGCUGGAGGCUGCCUCAAGCCUGGAAGCUUCUGCAAGUGCCGAGACCCCCGCCCAGACACCCCACUGAGCCCUGCACUACCAUCCAGCUUUUUUCUACUGGACUUUGGGGGAGGGAUGGGACUGUGCUGGGGGGCACAGCAAGGGGUGGGUGUGCUUUGGGAUGGAAUAAAUAUUCCAAUGCCUCUGCC